UUUCUUCCUCACAUCACAAUUCAUCCAACUAUCUUCAGCAUGGUAUGAGAUCCGCACGCGAUGUGUCGACACAUUUUCAGCCAAACUGUUGGCGUCUGCUCUUCGCCUGCAAAUCAGUCGUUCUUCCCAUGGCCCCCCAUUCCCUCCCCUCCCCUUCCCUCCCCUUCCCUACAAACAGCUCCCUUCUGCCCGCCUGGCCCGGUCCUCGUGACCAUCUAGCCAUCGCGGUUCCUGGUGAGGAGCACAGAUCAAUCCACCGCAAUCCACUCUCUCUGCUGAGCUCCUCCGCCAUAUUUUCAUUCGCGUGAAUGGAGGUGCUCGGUAGGGAGGGACUUAAACUUAUGGUCGUACCCUCUCCUUCACGACUCUCCACCCUGCUUGGUGCUCAUGCUGCGGACUGUGAAAAGGUUCGUGGUCGGUACUGGGCGCUGUGGUAGGGAGUCGGCAUGAGGAGAGGGAUGGGCUAGAUGGGGUGG